CUGAUCAGAGUCCCAGGAUCUCUGAUACCUCUACUCCUCCGGUUCAACAGCUCAGUGGCAUUUACGGCUCUUUUUCUCCGGUACGGCGCCAUCAGCAUGUGGUAGUUUCUGCAAGCGGACUGUCUGGUAGCAUGACAGGCGACAACAACCUUAGUCCUUAGCUGGUGACCCCCAAGAACUUACAGAGCCAGUGUAAAUGCAUAAACUACGGAGCUUCUCUGUGGCCAAAUUGGCUAAAGGUUACAGCAGAUUGUCGUCAAGACUGAAGGGCACAGGAGGAAGACCAUCAGCUCCGCUGGGUUCAAGGAUUCUGACCAAUCCUGAUGACAUCUUUAAGCACAACAUGUGGGAUCAUGUGCAAUGGACAGAAGAGGAUGAAGAAAAUGCACAGCAGAAGGCAAAAGAAAAUGCCUUUGUAAAAAUUCCUUUAGAGGAACAAGGUAAAUUUGACACAGAGGCUUUCCAGUACUGGGACAAGUUUUACGAGAUGCACCAGGAUAAGUUCUUUAAAGAUCGCAAGUGGCUGUUUUUAGAGUUCCCAGAACUGCUUCCUUCCGGUGCAAAAAGUCAAGCCAAAAACAGGUGUCUGGAUAAUCCGCAGGCGUCAUACCCACAGCCUUCUGGAUCAAGCAGAGACAAAGAGACCAGACACAAGCAACACAACAGCCCCACACACUUUCACAGAAAUACAGAAACAUCAAAUCCCCAGACAGAGUCCCGUCAAGGAGCAGCACCAGAAACAACUGAAGAUGCCAGACAGACUACUACUUACCCUGGCCAGCGUGCGUCUUUCAGGAUCUUGGAGGUUGGAUGUGGGGUGGGUAACAGUGUAUUUCCCAUUGUUAAUUCCAUAAAAGAAACAGACGCAUUUUUAUACUGUUGUGACUUCUCCAUGUGUGCCAUUCAGCUGGUUAAGGACCAUCCAGACUACGAUGAUUCUGUGUGUCAUGCCUUUGUCCAUGACAUUUGUGAGGAGAUGGCCUCCUUUCCCUUCCCUCCUCAGAGCCUGGAUGUUAUUCUUGCAGUCUUUGUGCUCUCUUCCAUUCAUCCAGAGCGAAUGCAAGGAACUGUGAACCGACUAUCUACUUACCUGAAACAUGGAGGGAUAUUCCUCUUCCGUGAUUACGGGAGAUAUGACUUCUCACAACUCAGGGUUAAGAAGGGUGAGCCUUCCACAUCUGAAUAUAGCCAUUGUAUCUACUUUACCUUAUUUGUUGAAUAUGUUGGAAUUUUUGUGACAAUUUCAGGGCGGUGCUUAUCAGAGAAUUUCUACACACGUGGAGAUGGAACAUGCGUGUACUUUUUCACUAAAGAUGAGGUACAUCAUUUAUUUUCCAAUGCUGGACUGGAAGAAAUACAGAAUCUGGAGGACAGACGACUCCAAGUGAACAGAGGGAAGAAAAUUGUAAUGCACCGGGUUUGGAUGCAGAGCAAGUACAGGAAAUCAUAUCCACUUUCAACACAACACCUCACUAUAUAAUUUGGGGCUAUAGUAUAGGCCUUUUUUAUACGUUGCUGCUCAUUAUUUCAAUCCUGAACCAAAGGAGUGUGUGUACAACAACAAACUAUUGAAUAAACUAAUAAAACAU